AUGGGAGACGCGAUAGCUGAGAAGCCCUACCAUCGGGUAGCUGCUGUGGCACGCUCAAAUGAAGGCUUCCAGUUCAAGAUCAACUCAGUUCCAAUCCCGAAACUCCAGCCAUGGGAAGUGCUCGUUAAGCUCUCUGCUACUGGUGUCUGCGGCACUGAUAUGGCCCUUGCAGGUGGUUACCUCGGUCCAUGCUGUGAGGUGCUUGGCCACGAGGGCGUGGGCCGCGUUGUACAAGUUGGCUCUGGAGUGGAUCCCGACUCUGUUAAGAUUGGCAAUCGAGUUGGUAUUGCUUGGGUGAGAGACGUCUGUGGCCGAUGCAAUUGCUGUCGUGAGCCCGGAGGUGAGGUCCGUUGUCUGGAGCAGCAGAACUCAGGACGGAAGUGGGACGGAACGUUUGCAGAGCACUGCAUUAUACCAAGUCGUUAUGUGCUGACAAUUCCUGAGUCAAAGGAGUUGCCAGAUGAGCUGGUUGCACCAACAUUGUGCGGCGGCGUUACUGCCUACAAAGCACUCAAGGCUUGUGGAGCGACACCGGGAGAAUGGGUUGCUAUAGUCGGAGCUGGCGGUGGCGUUGGGGGUUUGGGGAUCCAGUAUGCAAAAGCCAUGGGAUUCCGUGUUGCGGCUGUUGAUAUUGGGCCUGCAAAAGAGUCGUGCAUCAAGAUGGGAGCCGACGCAUACUUUGAUGGAGCAUCGCCUGAUACGCCGGCCGAACUGAAGAAGCUUACCCCUAAUGAAGCUGGAGCCAAGGCUGUUAUUGUCACUGCAGGGUCGGGUCGAGCGUAUCAGAACGCCCUUGAUCUUGUCGCAGUGUUUGGUACUCUGGUCUGCGUUGGUAUUCCUCCACCAGACCAAGCGAUGAGUCUGCAUCCGCUGACUCUUAUCGACCGUGGUAUCAACCUUUUGGGAACAUUGGUGGGAACACGAACUGAAACACUUGAAGCUCUCGAGUUCGUGCGAAGAGGAGUGGUAAAACCUAUUGUGGAGUCAGUUAACUUUGAUCAGCUCGACGAUCUGGUCAAUCAAUUCUCAAAGACAUCUGGGAAAUUGGUUAUACAAUUUCCAUCAUAG